UCCCUCUUAAUAUUUGACAUUAUUGUUUGAUUCUUUUUUAUUAAAAAUAAUUCUUUCACUUUGUGAUGAAGCAAAUAAUGAUCGUUUAAAAAAUAAUAUAUUAACAUAUAUAAAUAGAUUUAUUGAAACAUUUGAUGAAAAUGUUUAUAUGAAAAUUCAUCUUCAAUGUGAAUUUUGUCGAAUUUGUGCAUUAGAUGAUUAUCUUAGAGAAAUUUUAUCACCAAAUUUUACUCAAUAA